UGCUUCAGAGCGAGAAGGACCUGACCAGAGUCCAGCACGCAGGACUACACUGUAAGCAGAGGGAAGCAGAGCGACUGACCUGAGUGCAGCCGGACAGGUCGAGGUGGAUGAGAUUGUGGCAGCCCUUCCCGGUGCUCAGGGUGAACAGCAGCUGGGUCUCAUCACACUGCUGACCUGUGAGUCCUGGCUUCUGUAUCCAAACCUACUCUAUCAAGAGAUUCAUCCUGAGAUUUGGCUCCAGCCCGUCCCGCUGAAGACAAUCCAAGCUGGGCUUUCAAAAUGCACGUGACCUUCACUCACUUCUUGGCCCUGGCAGUCCUCCUGCUUCUCCCGUCCAGCGAGAUGAGAAGAGCGGGUAGGGGGAGAGGGCUCAGGGGAGCAAGGCAUGGCCUCAGACGAGACAGGGUAAGAGUUGCUGGACGACACAGCCGAUCGGGCCUCUCAAGACUUGUGGCAACUGACUGCUCAGAGUCUGUAGAAUCUGGGGAUGUCUUGGUGGACUGCCAGGACCGACGCCUCGUCGCCAUUCCUGCCUCAAGCAUCUGGUCCCAGGACCCAAAACACCUGCUUCUAGCCCGCAACCGCAUCAAGAUCCUCCGUGAUGGGGCUUUCCUGGGGUUUGAGGGUUUAAAGAGUCUGGAUUUGCAACAGAACCAGAUCUCUGUUGUGGAGGAAGGCGCCUUCCAGGGCCUGACGCAUCUCAAAACGCUGCUGCUGCAGCACAACCGACUGGGCACAUUCAGUGAGGAGGCACUCAUCCCCAUGCCCAACCUACGUCACCUGCAUCUCCAUCACAACCCCUGGAACUGUCUCUGUCCUCUGGACAGUCUCAUACGCACCCUGCAGGUCCCAAGCAACCGCAAUCUGGGGAGGCAUGCCAGGUGUGAGGAGCCGUUCAGGCUGAAAGGCAGGAAGCUGAAGCAGGUUGACGUUGAGCUGCUGUGUAAGGAGUCCGACCCUAACAGCAACCCACAGGGGGACCAAACGGAGCCUUCUUACUUUCCAGAGCCAGUUCCCAUCCGCACUAAACCAGACGCCACCACCGUCUGCCACACCUACCUGUUCCCCCAAGCACGGCUGGACUGCAGUCACAGAAAUCUAACAGAGGUUCCUUCGGGUAUUCCGGAUGAUAUUGUUCACAUGGAUCUGUCCCGUAAUUCCAUCCGUCACCUCAGAGCCAGAGAUUUCCAGGAGGCCGGGAGCCUGAGAACACUUAACCUCAGCAGCAACCACCUGGAUCACAUUGAAAAAGCCUCCCUGUUUGGCCUCCUGCACCUCCAUGAACUGGAUAUUUCUGACAACAGUCUCCAUUUCAUCCAGUAUGGCGUCCUGGAAGACCUCUACUUCCUCUCCCAUCUUAAACUGGGAGGAAACCCCUGGGUGUGUGACUACAGCAUCCACUACAUGGUGUACUGGCUGCACCUGCACCCAGGUGUGAAGCACUCUGGCCUACGGUGCCGCUCCCCUCCAGAGCAUAUCGGAGAGAGGGUGGAGAAGUAUGUGCAGUCUUACAACAGAGAGUGCCCGAGAGAUAGACAACGCAGCCAAGUGGACCAAGUCCAGACAGACCCCGAGCUGUGGAAUACACCCCUGGAGCUGCAGGGAGAGCUGGAGGAGGAGGAGGUGGAGCCAGGCCACAUGAGAGUACCCCAGAAGUACCAGAUCAUCAGGCUGUCUUGACUGAACUGAAUGUUUGACUAUAACCAUCAAAGGGCCUUCAUUUUUGUUUUCCUUCACCGUUAAAAAGCUGUCUGUAUCAGAUGGACAAAAUAUCUUCUCAAUACACCUUUUUGUUUUGUUUUAUCAGCUGUACUUUUCACAAAAAUGUAAGAAUUAUAUAAACUUUUCUACUCUUG